CAAACAUUCACGAUCCAUGGGUCUUCCUGAAUAGACAUGGUCCACGCCCUUUGAUUCAAAUGCCCCCACAAGUAUCUGACCAAGAUCUCGGCGACGCCAUCCUCCGGUCUGUCGAGAACGGGGCCUUUCCGCAGUCUGAAGAUGUGGCCUCAGCACUGGUGACUUCCACGGUCGUUCCGAAGCUGCUUGCGGCUGUUGACAAGGCUCGGGAGGAUACAAAGAACGAGAUUCGAAAGCUCUCCCGCGAGACCGCCCCCGACGUGGAUGGAUGGAUUGCUCAAGCUCGCAAACUCCAAGGUGACAUCAAACGCUCCCAGGAAACUGCUCAUGAGAUCGUGCAGCAAGCAGAGUCGGGAAAGAAUAACGCUGCUCGCGUCCAAGAUGCCGCCGCCAAAGUUAGCUUCCUGUACUCGGAAAUUACAUACAACGAAAGUCUUGUCCAGGUGGUAGAGCAGGUUCGAGAUAUCUCAGCUCUGCUGGAAGCUGCACAGGAAGCUGCUGUACACGGUCACGUUAUACAUGCACUGAAUAGGCUCGAAGAUGGACAUGGAGCUCUGAAGCGCCUUGGACCUUUCGGGAAUACUAGAGUUGUUGGUGUUCUGCGAUCAAAAGCAGAUCAAUUAAGGGCAGCCAUUGUCGAGACUACAACCGAAUCUUGGAAUGCGUUGAUUCUCGCAGACACUGCCGAGCGUCGCCUGUCAUUGAAAGAAGAAAUUCAGAAUGGAGAAUCCAUCCACAUCAAGACCGUUGUCGAGGCCCUCACCAAGCUAAACUUACUCGAUGGAUUCAUUUCACGCCUAAGUCGCGACCUUGAUACCCUCAUCCUUUCUUCUCGGCUUGUUAUUGGAGCCGAUCGACUUGUGUCUUCGUUCGAAAUCGACCGGGACGACAUUCAAGUGAAGGGGCAUGUCAGCGACAUGAGUGUGCAAGCCGCUUUGCAGGAUAUCCAAGGAUUCGCCGAGUACCUGAGCACUCGACUCCCGCCUUCCAUCGCUAUACCUCUGUCGGACAAGUGGGUUCCUAUCAUGGCCAAGCAGUUAAUCGAUAACUGGCUUCUACCUGCUGUACCGCUAUCCCCGAAUGGAGUGUCAGAUUUCGAAGAAACCCUUUCUCUUGUCCUCGGAUUGGCCUUGUUCUUUGAUGAGCUGGAAUGGACCGGGCAGGAUCGCCUACGGGAUUGGGUGGACAAGUCUCCCGAGAUCUGGUUAGCGAGACGGAAAGCGACUGCCAUUGCAAGGGUCCGCGCCUUUUGCCCCCGACGUGUCCGCGAGAAGAAGACGGUUGAGCGAGUGGAGACUCAGAUGGUCUCCAAGGGCGAUGCCGUGCUUGGAGCACAGGAAGAACAGGAUGAAGACUGGGGCGCCGAAUGGGGCGAUGAAGCCGAGCCUGGAAAGGAUGGCGCAGCUCCACAGGCAGAUGAAGUCGAGGAGGAGGAUAUGAGCGCCUGGGGUAUCGAUGAUGAUGAGCCAGCGGAGGAAAUUCAGCAGGAGUCGAAGCCACCAGAACAGGGGGACAAUAGUGAAGAAGAUACAGAAGCUUGGGGUUGGGGAGAGGAAGACGAGACGCAGCCGGUGCCAUUAGAGCCGUCGUCUAAGCCCUCAGAGCAAAAGAAGUCCAAUGUGAAAGCGACUGUGCCGCAGAAGUUGGCAUUGGAGAAGGAACUUACUCUGAGGGAGACAUACACCGUCACUGCCAUCCCCGAUUCCAUUGUCGAGAUAAUAAUGCAGACAAUUUCGGAUGUCGGAAUUCUCAACAAGCCUGAUCUGAUCAACUCAAUUGUGGCGCCUGCCAGUGUCGGGCUAUAUGCCAUACCAAGUUUACUAUUGGCAAUGUACCGAGCAACUGCAGCAACUCACUACUCAAAAGACGUCGCCGGAAACAUGUUGAUUUACAAUGAUUGCUCGAGGUUAUCGGACAGACUACGAUCGCUUGUCCAUCAACUGACAGAGAAUGACAAAACGUCGAGUAUUCCACAGCACCUUCGGCCAUCCGUAAGCCUCAAGCUCGACAACGAUAUCAAGACGAUCGAAGCCUUCGGCAAACGUGCCUACGGCAGAGAAAUGGAGUCCCAGCGUACCAUCGUUCGAGACCUGCUCGAUGGUGCGCAAGGCUUUCAGACCUGCACAGCUGCCCCAUUUGCGGCAGAAUGCGACAACGCAAUCGCCAUGACUAUUGAUCGCAUCACUGAAGUCAAACGACAAUGGCAAACCAUCCUCUCACAUUCUGCGCUGCUCCAAUCCCUCGGCUCCCUUGUCUCAACCGCCCUCACGAAAUUCAUAACCGACGUCGAAGAUAUAACCGACAUCGCUGAAGACGAGUCUAGGAAACUGCAUGGAUAUGUUGUCUCUCUUUCUUCACUGUCCUCUUUGUUUCAAACGGAGGACGCAGCGGGGACGAGCAGGGAUAUGACCAACGUGUACACGCCCAACUGGUUCAAGUUCCAGUACUUGGGUGAGAUUCUGGAUUCUAGUUUGGCCGAUAUCCAGUUUCUUUGGACGGGUAGUGAGUUGAAGCUGGAGAUGGAGGCUGAGGAGGUAGUAGAUUUGAUAAAGGCUCUUUUUGCUGAGAGCGAUUAUCGACGGAAAGCUAUUGGAGCGAUUCGGAGAGCGACACUGCGACGAUAUGCGCUCUCAAGCCUCGUGAACAGCCUAUUGCAUACCAAAAAGCCGAUACCCUUCGAGUUUCUCAUCAAUGGCCAAUUCCUACGGACCUCGAUCGACGAAUUCCUCACCCAGAACGGCAUCAGCGCCGAGUCAACGCUGAAUGUCGAGUACACGCGCGCACUAAUACCCCCACUACAUGUCGCAAGUUUCGAACACGAUGAUUGGGUUUCCGCCGUCGAUGUUCUCUCCCAAACCUCACCGGCUGGGGUGUGGUCGGGUGAACAUGGGAUACAGAGUGGACAGGAACAAAUAUUGACUGCAAGCUAUGAUGGUUUGCUCAGAGUGUGGAAUCUUUCCGGAGACGCAAUUGCGAUAUCUACGCCCCCAUAUAAUAGUGGACGGAUCACAAGCUUGAAGACGGCCAAAUGGUUGUCAAACAAGAAGAUCGUGGCUGCAGGCUUGGACAAUGUGGUCCGAGUUUACAAAUACGACGAGGACACACGUGCGAUAACGCAAUCUCUGGAACUCUACAACCACCGGUGGGGUGUUGAAGACGUUGCUGUCCAUGGCCCAACAAACCGCAUCUUGUCUGCUUCAACGGACGCCACUAUUUCCCUCUUCUCCGCUACAGCAAAAGACAGUCCUGCUGCGCCCUCAACCCUCCUCCCAACGUCAACAACAGCGUCAAACAAACGACAAAAGCUGUCCAAGCCCGAGAAAUCCGUUCCGACCCGCGGCGCAUUAACCACUUUAUCAGGGCACACAGCACCCGCAUCAAAUGUGAUAUUUAAGCCUGAAGACGCUACAGUCGCCUACUCCGCCUCCCACGAUCACACACUGCGAACAUGGGACCUGCCAACCUCAACAUGUGUCGACACACGGACGACAUCCCACUCCUUGCUCUCCCUCACCGCACUCCCUAAGCUCAACCUCCUUGCCACAGGAACAUCCGCCCGGCACAUCACGCUGAUUGAUCCGCGGGCUUCAGCGACUCAAAUCGCAGUAAUGACACUCCGCGGCCAUCUCAAUGCCGUGGUAUCUCUCGACACAAAUCCCAAUUCCGAGUACGGCUUAGUUUCAGCGUCUCACGACGGAACAUGCAGGAUCUGGGACGUACGUAGCGUGAAGCCGAAUGCGGGAGCAAUGGUAGACGGCGGACAAGUAGGAGAGAGUGUGUAUGUAGUUGAAAGGGAGGGUAUGGGGGGCAAGAGCAAAGCGAGUGGGGAUGGGGUUAAGGUGUUUGGUGUGAGGUGGGAUGCGGAUGUAGGAAUUGUGAGUACUGGUGAGGAUAAGAGGGUACAAAUUAAUAGGGGAGUUGGAGAAAGGGGUGGUGGAUAG